AUGGACAUUUGGGACCAUGAUGAUGAAGAGCAGUCGGUUUUGGAUGCAGUUUCGUCGCUGAACCAAAUCACCGGAGGAUUCAAGGGACUUGGCCGUUUUUUCAAAGAGGUAGCUCAAAGUGCUCGAGCCGAUUCUGACGAUACCACUGACGACUUUUUAGGAUGUAUUAGUAUGAACCUAAGCGAUAUUCCGCCAGAUGGAAUCGAGCAUUGGUUUCCUCUACAACCUCGAUCCGAAAAAAGCAAGGUCUCAGGCAGUGUGAAGUUGAAGCUAUGGCUUUCUACUCGAGAGGAGCGGCUCGGGGCUGAAGAAGACGAUCUGCUCGACGUCAAAGAACACAUUGAGCUUAUGCGGCAGUUUGCUCUCUAUGAAAUUCGCCUCAGUGGAGCUCCCGUGCGACUCUGGGAUGGCGUGUUUCCUGAUAAAGCAAACACUAUUCUGCGACAACAUGCUCUGCAAGGUGAUCUCACUGAAGUCCAUACAGCCAUGUGCCGUUGGCUUGCCUUCCAUUCCAUGAUACCCAUCGAUAUCUCUUUUUCACUACUUGCCAAAACUCUUCAGAAUAUCCAGGAUAAAUGGCAGCCAAUGACGUUGGAUAAGGCUGAGGAAGACAUGUUAACCGCUUCGUUUUCUGCUUUCGACACGUAUUGUAAGCGAUCAUUUGCUGAGCAUCGUCGACGGUUUCAUCCAUCAAAAAGGAAUGCAGCUGAGGAAUUCGCCAGUUUGGUCAGAUGUAUGCGAGCAUUACGGGACUCUCAGUUCUACCAGAAAUAUCUGCCGUACAAGCGGCCGUUUCAUGCUCAUCUAGAGUCACUUAUAAUUAAAAGUGCUGAAGACUUUUUCGAUGAGACUAUCGAGUCCGUACAAGACGAGGAUCCCUGCAAGGAAUUACUCAAGCUAAUGGGCGUGAUCAACGGAAGUUGUUCGAGAUUUCAACAGUAUGCGAACGUUAUACGUGAAGUCGGGCGAAUUGAUUACUGCCAACUCACGCUUUCGACGUGGGAUCGAAUGCUCAAUGAGUACCUCACUUCGGAAAUGAUGAGUGAACGAAAAACUGAUCUACGAUCACAGAUGAAAAUUUCGGCCAAUCAAGAUCCGCCGAAUGAAGAUGAUCUAGUGGAUUUGAUACGCAUACACAUGGCAUUUGUGGAAUUGCGGAAUUAUCGACUAGCCAAUCGAGUACGGGGUAAAGACGAAUCCGAAUGGUACGGUAUAUUCAAUCGAGGCAUUAAGAACUUCCUGGAACUUGCGAAGGAGAAAGCACUGGCACGAAUUUCUCUCAGCUGUCAAUUGGAUGUACCGAUCUGUACUUCGUCCAAUGAUAUGCGACAUUCAAGCAGUCAUAUAGACGUUUGCCACAUCGUCGAACAGAUGACGGUCUGUUGGGAUCGUAUCGACGUCAGCGAGCUUACCCUGAGGAUCGACUACACUAGAGAUUUUGUCGACAUUCUCUGUGACAUAGUGAUCACUUACACCAAAAAAAUCUUUUCAAAUCUCGACGCUGAAGGGUUCUCAGGAGAACUGCAAGUGUUUGUUCCAUCUCCAUUGCUGCAAUUACUAUGUUCGGCAAUCAACAACUGCGAGCAAGUGAGGCGAAGUCUGAUGAUUCACGAGAAGCUCCAUCUGGACGAUUUGGCUAUUACUUACGAAAGAGCUGGGCAUGGAGCUCCCACAUGGAAGACUGCGGUAGAACAGCGUCUGGAGCAAACCGAUGCGACGAUCUGUGCCGAAAUCGACCGAGUUGUUGGUUUGCUGACAUCACGGUUAAAACCUCAAAUGAAGAAACAUGUGUUCCAUCUAGCGUGGAGUCCAACGGCACAUCCGGUUGAGGAUUCGUUAAAACCGCUAACUGAUAUGAUUGACAUCGAACUCUCAGCUGUACAUAAAAAUCUGUUACACAAGAACUUUUUGCGAGUUAUGUCAGCCCAAGUUGGGAUCGUCGUGCAUCUCUUGAAAGAAUGUGUAGACGAAAAUCCUGGGAUGGAGCCAGCCUUUUACCAUCGUCUAUUCGAAGCGUGGCAUGUACUCGUCGACUUUUUCCAUGCAGGUGGUAAAGGCCUUUCAAUGGAGGUAUUGGAGACCUGUCCCCAGCAUGUGGCCCUGGUUAAACUGCUAUCAUUAAAUCAAACACCAACGCAGCAACUUAUUGAGAAGUACUAUAAGGAUCUGCUCAAACAACAAGCUUUGGCCGAGCACAACGCGAACAACGAAGUAAGCGAGUGCAAAUACGGCAUACUUAAUGUGCGGGCUUAUUAUAAUGCGAAUUCACAAACACUUGUACUGGAUGUGAUCGGUGCAAAACAGGUGAUUCCGUUGGAUGCCAACGGACUUUCGGAUCCAUUCGUGGUUAUUCGGCUAGUCCCCAAAUACCGCUAUCCGACACAAGCCGUCAGUAAAACGCGAGUCGUUAGCAAAACUCUGAACCCGAUUUUCGACGAGACCUUCGAAUUCCACAUUCCGCCAAAGCUGCCACCAUGUGCUAUGCUACAUUUCACUGUCAUGGACCACGAUUAUUUGCGAUCCAACGAUUUCGCUGGAGAAGCAUUUCUGGAGCUAGCUGACGUCCCUGGCUUUGGAGUGGCCGGCGGCAAUACUCUUCGACAGUUCAAUCUCAUUCUUAUACAGCCUGUCCAGAAUAAUAAAGAAAUAAUUGAUGUAUUGACGAGCAGAAAAGAAGACAAAGAAGCGUUGGAAUUUCUUCGAUCGAUUACUACGGCUUAUUAG